AUGUCUAACUCUUCUAACUCUGGUCAAGUCCUCUCUAGCCUCGAGGGCACACAAAUUACCAUGAACUCUCCGCCCCAACCCCCGAUUAACUUCAUGCCUGAGACCUGGGAGAUAGUCGAAGAGAUUGAAGAGGAUACCGUGACCCAGUCGGAGCAAAAUUUCAUUGAUGGUCAGGGUCCUGCAUACGUUGCUGGAAGGUUUUUGUGUCGCCCCUCCGGUGCGCAAGGGCCCUUCGCGUUCUUGCGUAUCUACCAGCAGAUACCCUGGCUUGGAACAGAAUUGCGAAAGGCUUCAGUCCGAGCUGCCCAGGCUACCGGACCUUUCGAGCCCCCAGAGCUCCAAGCCCUGAAGCACUUCAAGCAGCAAGGCUGUAACGUUAUUCCCGAGCUUCUUGCAUAUCAGUUUGAGAAGCAGGAUAAGGAAGAUAUCAUACCGGGCGGAUUUGUCACAUAUGUGAUAUGGAAGAAGGUGCCUGGCGAGCCCUUGGAUUUCACCCGGUUCUGGAAUUGCACUUUCUCGGAGCGGCAAAACAUUCGCGUCAAGUUCCGACAUAUUUACGAGCACAUAUCCGGCUUCAAAGAUGCGACCAACCGCUUUCUUAAUAAGGUUUGGAGCGACACUCACUAUGUCGCGCACGAUCUUGUUUUAGCAAAUCCGUCCAUCCUAUCGUAUUUCCCCAUUGAGAGCAUCGACUUGUACCGAGACGACAAUGGCUGGGAAUGGUAG